AGGGUAGAGGUCUACAAUCCCGUUUUCUUUCCCUAGGUCUAGGAAGUGAGAAUGUGGAGAUUUCUCAGCCCAGUGAGUUUGAACGCACCCCACAGGAUGAGGAGGACUUGGGAUUCAAGGAGGAGGAAGAUCUGGGCCGGGUUCACGAAGCAGGAAGUGAUUCUCUCAAACCUGAAGGCAUCCAGACCUGGGAUGACUUAUGGGUCCAGAGAGGGGGGCUGGGAAAGCCUCAGCCUCGGGAACGAGGGCCCCGGGUCCUGGGAGAACCUCGCUGGGGCCAGGCCAGCACUGACCGGACUGCAGUGUGCGGGGAGUGUGGCAAGAGCUUCCGACAGAUGUCAGACCUGGCGAAGCACCAGCGGACGCACACCGGGGAGAAGCCCUACAAGUGCGGGGUUUGUGGCAAGGGCUUUGGGGAUAGCUCAGCCCGCAUUAAACACCAGCGAACUCACAGUGGCGAGAAGCCCUACAGAGCCCGGCCACCAGCCCAGGGCCCCCCAAAGAUUCCUCGACCCCGGAUCCCUGCUGGUGAACGUCCCACUAUCUGUGGUGAGUGUGGCAAGAGCUUUCGGCAGAGUUCUGACCUGGUGAAGCACCAGCGGACACACACCGGGGAGAAGCCCUACAAGUGUGGCGUCUGUGGCAAGGGCUUCGGCGACAGUUCUGCCCGCAUAAAGCACCAGCGGACACACCGAGGGGAGCAACCUCCCCGGUCAGUGGUGCCCCGAAGGCAAUCCUCUCGGGCAGCUACAGCAACUGCACAGGGAGCCAAGGCCCAGGACAAGCCAUACAUCUGCACUGAUUGUGGAAAAAGGUUUGUUCUCAGCUGUAGCCUCCUGAGCCACCAGCGCAGUCACCUCGGGCCCAAACCCUUUGGUUGCGAUGUGUGUGGAAAGGAGUUUGCCCGGGGCUCUGACCUGGUGAAGCACCUGCGGGUGCACACGGGGGAAAAACCCUACCUGUGUCCUGAGUGUGGCAAGGGCUUUGCCGACAGCUCUGCCCGCGUCAAGCACCUGCGCACGCACAGCGGGGAGCGGCCGCACGCCUGCCCCGAGUGCGACCGCACCUUCAGCCUGAGCUCCACCCUUCUCCGCCACCGGCUCACUCACAUGGAGCCCCAGGCCUUCAGCUUCCCCAGCCACCCCGUCACCCUCCUGAUCCCCAGCCCCCCUCCCCCUCCUCUGGCCACCAGCCCUCCGCUGACCCCUCGGAGUCCCUCACACUCAGGGGACGGGCCUUUUGGCCAGCCCGGCUUGGAGCCCGAGCCUGGGGGCCCGCAGGCUGGCGAGCCGCCCCCCCCACUGACAGCCGGUGACAAGCCCCACAAGUGUCCCGAGUGUGGCAAGGGCUUCCGCCGAAGCUCUGACCUGGUGAAGCACCAUCGCGUGCACACGGGGGAGAAGCCCUACCUCUGUCCUGAGUGCGGCAAGGGCUUUGCCGACAGCUCCGCCCGCGUCAAGCACCUGCGCACACACCGUGGUGAACGUGCUCGUCCGCCACCGUCUACUCUCCUGCGGCCACACAACCCCCCUGGUCCGGCACCCAGCGCCCCCCGGCCCCUGGUGCGCGCCCAGCCCUCGGGACCUAGCCAGCCCCACGUGUGUGGCUUCUGUGGGAAGGAGUUCCCCCGCAGCUCAGACCUGGUCAAGCACAGGCGCACGCACACCGGGGAGAAACCAUACAAGUGUGCCGAGUGUGGCAAGGGCUUUGGCGACAGCUCCGCCCGUAUCAAGCACCAGCGUGGGCACCUGGUCCUGAGGCCCUUUGGGAUAGGGGAUGGUCAGGUGAGGCCCCUCAAGGAGGAGCCACCAGCAGGACUGCAAUGAUGGCCCAGGAGGCCAAAGGGAGAUCUGCUAAAGCAGAAAGGAAAGGGCUUGGGAGUGGUUGGGGGGAGGAGGAGGGGAAGAAACACGGGAGAGGAGUGACUAGAUAGAAAUAGAGACCAGGGACCUAACCCGACACUCAGGAAACCACCCUGGCUAGGUGUCAGGACCUUGCGGGUGUAUGCUGAACCCCCCAGCUUCACAACACUGCCAGGCACACAGUAAAUAAUAAAUACUUGUUGAAAAUAGAAACUGGUCUUAGCCUGAGGACCCUUAAAAUGCUCUAUUCCUGCUACCUCUUUUCUAUUAAGAACUGACCCACUGGGUGUGCUGGCGGACACCUGUAAUCCCAACACUUGGGAGGCAGAGGCAGGAGGAUCACCAGGAGUUGGAGGCCAGCCU